AUGUCUUUUUUCACUACUUUCUAUAAAAUAUGGUUUCCAGCACAAGUCGUAUUUGAUGAAGUUCAUUUUGGUAAAUUUGCUGGUUACUACCUUCAGCGUUCUUUCUUUUUUGACGUCCAUCCGCCUCUUGCUAAAAUGAUGUUUGCAGCAGUGGGUUAUCUCGUCGGCUUUGAUGGUGUUUAUAAAUUUUCUAAUAUUGGGGAGAGUUAUGCUGCUAAUCAUGUACCUUACCUUGCUUUACGCGCAUUGCCAGCCACACUCAAUGUGUUUAGUGUAGCCCUUGUCUAUCAUAUCUUGCGCGCAUCAGGCAGUUCUGUCUUGACAUGUUUUGUUGUUGCAACACUUUACCUUUUGGAUAAUGCGUUUAUUGGACAAAACAGACUGAUUUUGCUUGAUAGUAUCUUGAUUUUCUACAUGCUGGCUACUGUGUAUUCAUACAUCCAAUUUCGCAAAUAUCGACAUCUUUCAUUUAGUUAUACAUGGUGGAAGUGGUUGAUUAGCACUGGCAUUUGUAUGGCACUUACAUUAAGUGUGAAAAUGAUUGGUUUAUUUGUUGUGGCAGCCAUUGGUAUGUCUGUCCUGAUUGAUCUUUGGGAUUUAUUGGAUUCAAAGAAAUAUGGCUUGUCUAAUAAACAACUUGUACAACAUUUUACUGCUCGUUUUAUUGGCUUAAUUACUAUUCCUUCUAUUGUCUAUAUGUUUUGGUUCUAUGUUCACUUUGAGAUCCUCAAGUAUUCUGGUCCUGGAGAUGCUUUCAUGAGCCCUGGUUUUCAAGAUACACUUUAUGAUAGUCCUUUGAGACUACAGGCACUUGAUAUCAUGUACAAUCAAUCCAUCAAACUUCAACAUGGCGAAACAACUGCCUUUCUUCAUUCUCAUGCACUUCGAUAUCCAGCUCAAUAUGAAGAUAGUCGCUAUAGCUCGCAAGGUGUUCAAGUGACAGGCAACUUGAAACCAGAUCUCAACAGUUACUGGCGUAUUAAACCCACUCAAGAGAUUGACUAUAGCUUAGGCACACAUUAUGUUCGACACAAAGACAUUAUUCAGCUUGAACAUGUUGGUACUGGUCUCGACCUCUUGACGCAUAAUGUGGCUGCUCCUUUGACUCCUACCAAUCAAGAAUACACUACUGUGAAUCAUAUUCAACAUUACAAUGAUACUUUGUUUCGUGUCGAGUUGGAUUCUCAUAAAGACUCCGAUGUUUGGUCCACCAUGACAAAAGCAGUCAAACUGAUCCAUGUGAAGACAGGUGUCGCCUUAUGGUGUAAUAGUAAAAACUUGCCUGCUUGGGGUAUGAACCAUCUCGAGAUCAGUGGAAACAAACUAGCAAAGGAGCCCAGAAACAAUUGGGUCGCUACUGAUAUCUUGGGUGUCAAUGCUACUGAAGUCAAUCUUGGCAAAGACAAGACAGUGAAACAUAUGCAUUUCUUGGUCAAGUUUGUUGAAUUGCAGCUACGCAUGAUUCUUCAUAACAAUCGAUUGACAGGCACUCAUCCUUAUCAAUCCAGUCCUAUUGUGUGGCCUAUGAUGUUGCGUGGUAUUUCUUACUGGACAGAGGCUUCGUCGAAUGGUCAAAUCUAUCUUACAGGCAAUAUUGCAGGUUGGUGGAUAGGUCUCACAUGCAUUGGGGUCUUUAGUAUGAUCUAUAUGGGUCACAUGAUCCUCCAAAAACGGGAUAAAGUCAUGAUGCAUGAGGCCACUCGUAUUCGGUUGACUCGUACAGGCGGCUUCUUUUUGCUGUUAUGGGCCAUGCAUUAUUUCCCCUUCUUUUUGAUGGGUCGUUGCUUAUUCCUUCAUCAUUACUUACCUGCUAUGGCAUGUAACUAUUUGUUAUUGGGUACCGUGUUUGAUUACCUGUUUGUGGAUGGGAUCAAUACGCCUAUUUCCUAUCAACCUCAUGAUAAGAAAUUUAGUCUGAACCAAGCUCGCUUAAAACUCAAAAGCUUUGUUGCAGCUGGUAUCCUGAUUGGUAUGCAAUUUAUGGUCUAUCUCUUUUUAUCACCACUGACCUAUGGUACACCCGGAUUGUCUGCUGAAGAAGCUACUCGGCGUAAAGUAUUAAAGACAUGGGAUAUUCAAUUUGGUAAGUGA